UAGUCCUCGAUUGUAUGUCAGGCAUUCACCUGCUUCAUGCCACUGAAUUUAAUAUACACAUAACACAUAAUUGUAAUAUGAAUGUAUACACAGCAAUAAGUUAAGAAAACACUGGAUAUUUAGUGGUGUUGUGUGACAUGCGUGUUCAGUGUACAUUUGUGUGGUGACUAACAAUGACCUAGCCUCACCCAAUGGCUCCAGGAUGAGAUACAAUGGCGCGACGUAAGCGCCGGUUCGGGUCCCGACUCAGGGACUACGUGCGCGGGUUCCUCGCGUUCCUCUUCAGCAACGUUGGCAUCGUGGUGCUGGUCGUCGCUUAUACUAUCGCUGGUGCUUUUAUGUUCCAAGCAAUAGAAGGCGCAAGCGAGAUGGAGAGAGUGAACAAUAUGGCGAGGGAAAGGGACAACACUGCUCAGUAUUUGUGGCAGAAUGUCACGUUAACGCUCAAUUUGUUCAAUGAUACCGCUCUUAAAGAGAGGAUAAGUAUAGAACUAUUGCACUAUCAGCGAAAGAUAGUGGUUGCAGUGCGUCGCGGAUGGGAUGGCGGCCGAUCCUCCAGGCAGUGGAGCUUUUCCUCAGCCUUCUUGUAUUCCUUGACUGUCAUCACUACUAUAGGUUACGGCCACCUCAGCCCAAGAACCAGUUGGGGCAAAAUAGUUACGAUAUUUUACGCCUUACUUGGCAUGCCCCUCUUUCUUCUAUACUUGAGUAAUGUGGGUGAGCUACUAGCCAGCUGGUUUAAGUGUAUUUAUGCACUUAUAUGCCUCUGCCGGGGUUGUCCUGGCUUCACUCGACGCCGAGUUGUUCAUUUCAGGUCACAGUUAGAAUUAAGCGAAGCAGAAAGCAUAGAGAGACCAGCUGGAUGGACUGACAAUUCAGAAUCAGAGGUCACUGAUGUGGCAAUACCGUAUGGCCCUCAAUAUUUCAGAGGAUACUACUCAAGAGAAAGAAGACCGGACUACCUGCGCAGUGUAUCCCUCCCUCAACCUGCAAGAUACCCUCAUGAACAACAAGUUCGCGGUUGGUCGGAACCCAUCCAUCAAACUGGCAGCGACUCUAGCGACUUCACCUAUGUUACCUUCGACGCUCAGACCAUCACAGUGCCUAUUAGUGUGUGUGUCUUUUUUAUGGUUGGAUAUCUCAUGUUUGGAUCAAUGAUAUUCGGUCUUUGGGAGAGGUGGGACAAGUUAGAUGGCGCUUACUUUUGUUUCAUAUCAUUGAGCAGUAUCGGUUUCGGAGACUUCGUUCCCGGCGAGCGGGUGUACACGCCCCGUAUAGAGACGUCAUUUAUCGUGUGCUCGUUGUACUUGAUGCUGGGUAUGGCGUUAGUCGCUAUGUGCUUUAAUUUAAUGCAGGAGCAAGUAAUACACUACUAUGCUGGACUAAAAAGGGUUAUGAAAAGGAUAUGCCGCUGCAAGAGAUGACAACGGAUUUAAUUACGGAAUUAAAAUAUAAUAUAGAAUAAUUAUGUAAUUUGUAUAGAGUAUUACAUUAACAUGGAAUUUAUGAAUGCU